AAAUCUAUCGCCUUGAGCCGUUGGCCUUCAGAUAGGCUGAUUUGGUUGGUGUCUUGCUCUUUCUGUGGGAAGGCUGCGGCUCACUUCCUUCUGACUUCUUGAUAAUUUUGCAUUAGACAUUUAACUCUUCUUUCUAUGAUCUUUCCUUCUAGACACUGAGUUUUUUGGUUGUUGCCUAAAACCUUUUCAGAAAUCCCUUCCCUCGCCAUCACACUGACAUGAGUGUGGGUCUUCCUGGUCCCCACAGUUUGCCUAGUUCUGAGGAAGCAUCGAAUUCUGGGAACGCCUCAUCAAUGCCUGCAGUUUUUCAUCCCGAGAACUAUUCUUGCUUACAAGGGUCUGCUACUGAGAUGCUCUGCACAGAGGCUGCCUCUCCUCGCCCUUCCUCUGAAGACCUGCCUCUUCAAGGCAGCCCUGAUUCUUCUACCAGUCCCAAACAAAAGCUCUCAAGUCCUGAGGCUGACAAGGGCCCUGAGGAGGAGGAGAACAAGGUCCUUGCCAGGAAGCAGAAGAUGCGGACUGUGUUCUCUCAGGCCCAGCUGUGUGCACUCAAGGACAGGUUUCAGAAGCAGAAGUACCUCAGCCUCCAGCAGAUGCAAGAACUCUCCUCCAUUCUGAACCUGAGCUAUAAGCAGGUUAAGACCUGGUUUCAAAACCAAAGGAUGAAGUGCAAGCGGUGGCAGAAAAACCAGUGGUUGAAGACUAGCAAUGGUCUGAUUCAGAAGGGCUCAGCACCAGUGGAGUAUCCCAGCAUCCAUUGCAGCUAUCCCCAGGGCUAUCUGGUGAACGCAUCUGGAAGCCUUUCCAUGUGGGGCAGCCAGACUUGGACCAACCCAACUUGGAGCAGCCAGACCUGGACCAACCCAACUUGGAACAACCAGACCUGGACCAACCCAACUUGGAGCAGCCAGGCCUGGACCGCUCAGUCCUGGAACGGCCAGCCUUGGAAUGCUGCUCCGCUCCAUAACUUCGGGGAGGACUUUCUGCAGCCUUACGUACAGUUGCAGCAAAACUUCUCUGCCAGUGAUUUGGAGGUGAAUUUGGAAGCCACUAGGGAAAGCCAUGCGCAUUUUAGCACCCCACAAGCCUUGGAAUUAUUCCUGAACUACUCUGUGACUCCACCAGGUGAAAUAUGAGACUUACGCAACAUCUGGGCUUAAAGUCAGGGCAAAGCCAGGUUCCUUCCUUCUUCCAAAUAUUUUCAUAUUUUUUUUAAAGAUUUAUUUAUUCAUUAUAUGUAAGUACACUGUAGCUGUCUUCAGACACUCCAGAAGAGGGCGUCAGAUCUUGUUACGUAUGGUUGUGAGCCACCAUGUGGUUGCUGGGAUUUGAACUCCUGACCUUCGGAAGAGCAGUCGGGUGCUCUUAUCCACUGAGCCAUCUCACCAGCCCCUGGUUUAUUUUUUUAAUUAUUAUUUGCUUUUUGUUUAUCAAGACAGGGUUUCUCUGCAUAGCUCUAAUUGUCUUUGAACUAGCUCUGCAGACCAGCCUGGCCUUGAACUCAGAGAUCUGCCCACUUAUCUUUGCCUCCUGAAUGCUGGGACCAAAGGUGGCAUACCACCACACCUGGCAUAUAUAUUGUUUAUUUCUAUUUCUAUUUUUAUUGGUGCCAGAGCAAACCUAGGACUUAGAACAUGCUGGGCACCAACUCAACUUCUGAGCUCUAUUUACAACUUGGUGUGUUAGUGUAUUUGUCUUAGUUCUGAAUUUGUCCUUUUUUUAGUGUUAACUCUAGGCUUUGGAGACAGUGAGGUGCAUAUACUCUCUCCUUCCCAAGAAUAAGUGCUUGAACACCCUUACCCACGCCCACCCACCCAUGCUAGUCUUUUUUCUUAGAAGCGUGGGUCUUGGUAUACACUGUGUCAUUUUGAGGGGUGAGGUUUAAAAGUAUAUACAAAGUAUAACGAUAUGGUGGCUACUCUCGAGGAUGAGACAGAAGGACCAGGAGUUUGAGGGUAGCUCAGAUAUGCAAUAAGUUCAAGGCCAACCUGUACUAUGUUUAAAUAGUAAGACAGCAUCUCGAUAAAAUAAUAAAACUAAAGUCUCAACAAAAUAAAAGCUUUCACCUAUUAAGGUGCUUGCUUGUCCUUGGAGUCCCCCAAGAGUAACUGCUAUGUUAAUAUCUGUAGAAAGAUGUUUAUAUUUGACUGUACCAUGAUGAACCGAUGCCAGCUGGACUAGUUUAAACAAAAUAAAACACUAAUUUUACCUUUA